AUGAAUUAGUGCAGAAUUAAACACCAUGAUUGUCAGAAAGUUAAAUACAUCUGCUUAGACAAAAAAUGUAACCAUGAAAAAAAGAUAGGUACUACAUACAUGUUAAAAGUAGGCUGUGCUGAUUGUUUUUUGGAAUUUCAUGUACCAAAUGAUUUGGUUUCUCAUCAUAGAAAAUUAAUAUCAGAGUUUGAGGCUGAAUUGAAAGAAAAAAUUGAAAAUCUGUCUACCAUUUCAAUUUAGCCUAUCCACAAUAAUUCUGAAUAAGUGGAUUAAGAAUUUGAUACUUGCAUGAACAAUCUCAUUUAAAAAUUGACAGAUUACAAAGAUUAAAUUAAGGAAGAGAUAAGAAAUGAAAAGAUAGAUUUUGUAACUUAUGUCAAUGAUUUUAAUUAAAAAGUGGAAUAGAAGAUUGAUUUGUAAAAUACAUAAAUAUCACAAUUAUCAACUAAUGAAAUUAAUAAAUCAAUUUCCUUUUAUUAGAAUUCAAAUAAUAUUGUUCUUGACUUAAGAAAAGAUUUAUCGGAUCUAGAAAUUCAUAAAAAGAAAUUAAAUCUAAAAAAAUAAAAAGCAGUAUAAAAGUUAAGAAAUACUUUUGAAUAAAUAAUGAAAGAACUUGAUGAUCAUAGUAAAAAUAGUAAUAAUAAUAGUAAUAAUAAUAAUAGUAAUAAUAAUAAUAAUAAUAAUAAUAAUAAUAAUAAUAAUAAUAAUAAUAAUAAUAAUAAUAAUAAUAAUAAUAAUAAUAAUAAUAAUAAUAAUAGUAACAAUAAUAUUUCAUGUACACCUGAAAAAUAAAUUUAUCCCUCUUAAUUGAGUAACACUACACAGUCAACCCCAACAAAGAAUGUUGUGGAUGUUGCUCGAUCUAAAAAAUAAAGAAAGGGAAAGAAUUGA